AAGAAAGCUUUUUCCGCAUUUUUCCAAUGACGUAACUUCCUUUCUGUGUGUGCCUGCCGCGUAGUGAACACGCGUUAUCCUUCUUAGCUCAAGAUGCGUUACGUCGCUGCUUACCUGCUCUCUGCCCUGGGAGGCAAUGAAAACCCAGAAGCCAGUGACAUCAAGAAGAUCUUGGAGAGUGUUGGCAUUGAGGCUGAUGACACCCGUCUGAACAAGGUCGUCUCAGAACUCAAAGGGAAGAAUGUCAAUGACGUGAUUGCCACUGGUUAUAGCAAGCUGGCCAGCGUGCCAUCAGGUGGCGCUGUAGCUGUUGCCAGCUCUGCAGCUGCUGGCUCAGGUGGAGCAGCAGCUCCUGCAGCUGCCGAAGAGAAGAAGGAAGAGAAGAAAGAAGAGUCUGAGGAGUCUGAUGACGACAUGGGAUUUGGCCUCUUUGACUAAAGUUUUAAGUCAUAAAUAAAAGCUGUAAAAACUAAACAUA